UGUGAAUGGACCAAUACCCUCCAGCCAGUCAGGUGACUUCUCUACUCUCGCCGGAAGUCGGGCGCUGUUGCUGUGGGAACCUGUAGACGCGGCCGUUUGAAAGUGUGUGUGUAGGGAAGAUGGCGCCGCCUGCAGCCUCUGCUCUGAGGAAGAGUCCGGAGCGAGGGAGACGACACAGCCGGCUGGUGGUGAACCAGGCUGUACUGGCCGAGAGGAACCCGGGGGCUGUGGCCGCUGUGGGGGCCUGGAUAGAGGCGGGUGAGGGGGGCAUCCCCAGCAGGGCCCUGAUAUCUGCAGAAGAAGUUGAAGAACAAAUAAUUCAGUAUCAGCUGGAAAAAGAGCAGAGACUGAUCCGUUUUCAGGGGGAAGUGAAGCGAAGGGUUAAUCAGCACGCCAAACAGCAGAAACGACUCCAGCUACAGAAAUCAUACGAUGUGUUGGCACGAGAGGGUCAUAUCGUCAAGCAGUCUUCAGACGCUGCCAUGCACCUCACUCCAAAGAGAAACACCUGUACUUACCGUAACACACAAGUCGCCAUCGGCAGUCCUCGCAUCCGUUGUGUCUCGGCACAGAAGAUCGGAGACAACGAGGAGCAAGCAGAUGAAAAUGGAAACCGUUUAUUUAAAGAGCAUUCCAAAACUCUAAAGGAAACGAUGAGACAGGUCCGUGGCCGUCUGGCAGCUAUGAAAACUGUGGAGAGUGAGGAGUUAACCCUGCCUGGGGGCCUUUGGAAGGUUUCCCCCACCAGAGAUAAUCCCAUAUCCCGGAGAUCUCCUGUUCUUCAUCAACCACAUGCAGAGGAAGACCGGCGGUCCCUUCUGAGGGGGUAUCAUGACCUGCCAGUGGAGCUGCUUGUUCCAGAGCAAGAGGGGCAGACAGAGAACGGAAUGGGGUCUGGGAAGUUGAUAUGUAAUCGUCUAAUGAAGGCAUCUUAUCCCGCUGGUCCGGCGCCAGCGUUUAACACAGAUUACCGAGCUGCUCUUGUACUUCGCCCAGGAGCUGAUGAAGAGGAAAACCGAAAACAAAGACAAAACCAGUACUUGAUGUACAGGCGGCUUUUCAUGGACAUUGAGCGGGAACAAGUGAAGGAAACGCAAAGACAGAGGGAGCACGACAGGAAAAUAUCGAAAAUGAAAAGAGAAAGAGAGACUGAGCGCCUAAUAGAGGAGGAGAGACUUCGCACCACAGCUCAACCCGGCCUGGAAAAUCAGACCUUUGAGGUGGAGUUAAUGAAGGCGCAAGAGAGGAAUUUGGAGCAUCGAGAGAGGGCACAGAAAAUGAGAGAGUAUAACCGCUACGUUGAAGCUCUGCGGGCUCAAAUGAAGGACAAGAUGCUGCUGCAUAAUGUCGAAUUGCCACCGUUGUGUUGCUGCGGUUCCGAUUUCUGGGACGCUCAUCCAGACACCUGUGCCAAUAACUGUAUUUUCUACAAGAACCCCAAAGCGUACACCCGAGCCUUACAGUCGGUGCUGUCAUCGCGUGACACGUGGGAUGGGGGCUCACGAUUUGGAUUUGGUAACAUCGGCAUUGGUAGACCUUGACCAGACGGACUAAGAUAUGAGUGUGUGUGCUCAAUAAUUUAAAUUAUUUAUGGAGUGAUCUGAUGUUCCAUAUAUUGACUGAGCACAAGUAAUCUGAACACCUCCAGCUUUGGUACUGCAUACCCAAGAAGAAUCCUGUAUACCAGACCAUUUGUCGUGUGGUUGUUGAUGGACAGAUCCCUCUCCCAGGUUUGUAUGUGUCUCACCAGAGAUGGAGCUCCCGGGGCAUUUCCACGGUCGUCCUAUUCAUCCCAGCGUUAACUUUUAAGUGUCAUCUCAAACUCUAUUCUGGAAAUGCCUGCCUACAGACUGAAGACUGUUGCCUGGUCACGAUAAAGAGAAAUGUAAAACUUUUGGAUAACUGUAGAAAUACCAUCUGGCUGCAAUGGAAAGAGAAAAUAAAAUUGAAGAGGUUCCUGUUAUGAGUAGUUACAGAAACUCUGCCUGCUGCAGCAAUGAGACUUUAUUCAACAGAUAUAUGUUUGUGACACCAUGAAUCUCCAAAAAUGGGUACAAAGCUUUAUUCAGCGAUCAUAUUAUUACUGCAUCAAUUGGGAGCCUCGCAUGACCCCUUCAUAAGGCAUGAUGAGAGGGUCCUGUGAAGCUCCAAAACGUUGAUGUAACAAUCCGAUCGCUGAAUAAAGCUUUGUACCCAUUUCUCGCUCUGAUUGCUCACGAUUCCAAUCGGUGGUCGCUUCAACACUCACUUUAUACAAACAGGAACUUGUGCAUUGGGAAUAGUGCAUUUAAAAACACAUCAAACACGCAUUUUGGAGUAACUUUUACCGCUCAUUAAAAGCUUAUCAAACUUG